AUGGAUGCAAUUACCCAACCAACACAACAAUCCACUCAGGCUACGCAGAAAUACAUCAUUGAUAAAUUUAGUCAAGAAAAGAUAGCUGACGACAUAGUAUGCAGAUUAAUAAGCACCACUGGAGAAUUGCCAAUAAAAGAUCUUCGAGCAGAUCUUCAAGAGGUCCUUAAAACGAAAAAAUCAAUUAAGAAAGAGUGGAUUUGCGGUAGAAACGCAAAUAGCUGUGAUUUUUAUCUAGGUGAUCAUAGAGCUACCUUAUCAAAUAAACAUUUUAUAAUAUGGUUAGGUGAGGAUGGUAAUUUACUUUUAAAAGAUAUAAGUACAAAUGGAACAUGGAUUAAUGGAAUCCGCAUGCAUAAGAAUCAAAACUACACUUUAUCUCAAGGUGAUGAAAUAUCUGUUGGUGUGAAUAAAGCGGAGGAUACGUUAAGCUUUAUUGUAUUUAUACAUGAAGCAUAUAAAAAACAACUAAAAAGGAUGGAAUUGGAACUUCUAAGAAACAAAAAUAAAAUAAACAACAAUAUUAAUACCAAUACUAAUAAUAUUGCUACUACUACCACCACCACCACUACUACUAGUACAACUCCCACCGCUAUUACUAAUAAUAAUACUACCAAUGAUAACAAUACCAAAGACAUAUACCAUAAUUAUACAAAUAACAGCGAUAAUAUUAAGGAUAUUAAAAAGCGAAAUAAUAGUAAACCAAAUACAGUUUAUAACAACCACCUAGCUAUAGAUGAACAACUUUGUGGAAUCAAUAAAGAUUUUUCUAUACAGGAUGAAGUUGUAGGACAAGGUGCGUUUGCUACUGUUAAAAAAGCAAUUGAUAGGUCCACGGGGAAAACAUAUGCAGUUAAAAUUAUAAAUAAGAAAAAAAUGGCAACUACUGAACUCGAAGGUGCUGCUAGGGAAUUAGAUAUUUUACAAAGAUUGGAGCAUCCGAGAGUGGUUAGUUUAAAGGCAUUCUAUGAAGACUCUAAUAAUUAUUACUUGGUAAUGGAAUUUGUGUCUGGCGGUGAUUUAAUGGAUUUUGUAGCUGCACAUGGACCAAUCAAUGAAGAUGCAUCAAGAGAAAUAAUAAAACAGAUAUUAGAAGCUAUCGAUUAUAUCCAUUCAAAAGGUAUCAGUCAUAGAGAUUUAAAACCAGAUAAUGUUUUGAUUGAACAGGAUAGUCCUGUCCUAGUAAAAUUAACUGAUUUCGGAUUAGCUAAGGUGCAAGGAAAUGGGACUUUUAUGAAAACUUUUUGUGGUACUUUGGCUUAUAUUGCUCCCGAGGUUAUAAGCGAACAUCAAAAAUCACAAAAAAGAAGGAAGAAUAAACUGAGAUUAACAAACCUCCAUAAAUUAAAUGCACAAAAACCAGGACACAAUGGGGGCACACACGUUGCUGAUGAUGAAAAUGAAAAUGAGGAUAAGGAUGAGGAUGAGGAUGAGGAUGAGGACGAAAUAAAAUAUUCAUCAUUAGUUGAUAUGUGGUCUAUGGGAUGUUUAGCAUACGUGAUAUUAACUGGCCACUUACCAUUCAGUGGCGCCUCUCAAAAAGAAUUGUUUCUUCAAAUUAAGAAAGGGACAUAUCAUGGCGGUCCACUAAAAGGAUCCGGUGUUUCAGAAGAAGCAAUUGAUUUUAUAAACAAUUUACUACAAGUUGACCCAGAAAAGAGAUAUACAGCUAAAAAAGCAUUAAACCACCCAUGGAUUAAAGCUGCUUAUAAGUAUUAUCAAGAAUCUAUGUCCUCAGGGUCCUUAGGCAGCCUGGCUUCAAUAAUUUCUCUAUCUCAAUCGCAAUAUCACAAUAAUGCGAUUAAUGAAGCAUCAGAAGAAAAUAUUUUUAAAAAGGAGGAUGAAAUAUGCUUGGAAAAUGAGGAAGAUAAAUUUAAAGUGCCCAAUUUUUUACCUAAGAGAUUUAUGCAACCUCAAAUAUUAACGAGCAAUGCUAUAGAACAUGCUAAUAAUAAAAAUGGUGAUGCUUUCAAUCCGGAAAGGGAUACUGGUACCAAUAAUGGUAAAAGGAAAUACGAUGAUAUGAAACAAGAAGAGGAAAUAUACAAUAAUGACAAUAAUAACAGCAACAGAGCCAAUACUACUACUACUGCUAAUAUUAAUAGUAUAUGUGCUAACGCAACAGCAAUUAAUGGUAAACGUAUUAUUAUAAAUUCUUUAAUAGGAGAGGGCAGAUUUUUGACACUUUCCUCUACAGUAGAAAGUAUAUACAAUGCGGAUUUAGCUAUCCCUCAGGGAAUUAGCAAAGGUGUUUUUAUUGGCCGUGAUCCAGCAGCAUGUGAUUUUUUUAUUAAAGAAUAUAGGCUAUCUAAGGUGCAUUGUAUGAUAUUUAAAAGGAGACAUGUUAUUGAAAGACACUUAUUAGAAUCUAAUAUAACCAAUGCUAGUACGAAUACUACUACUGUUAUUACUAAUAGUCAAAAUGUAACGGAAAAACUAGUUAGCGAAUCACCAGCUCAGGGUUUAGAAGAUAUCUGGUUUUAUUCAUAUGGCCAAAACCCAUGCUAUGUUAACGACACAAUAAUCAAAGCUGGAUUUAAAACAAAAAUUUAUCAUGGCGAUAUUAUAAAGCUAUUUUCAGAUAAUAGUAACGGUAAGGGUAGUCCUCCCAUGUUUAUUGGUUUCCGUGUAGAUAUAAACGACGACACGGGGUUAUUUAAUAAAGGAUUGAGGCAUGACGUAUAUAACUAUAACGAUGUGAUCGUGGAGGAACAAAACGAUGUGGAACGUAAAGUUCCCAAGAAAUUAUUAACUGAGAUUAAGAGGCGAAAUAUUAAUAAUUGUACUCAUAAUGCCAGUAAUAAGCAAAAGAUAAAGAAAGUUUCUGGUGUGUUAAGCCAAUUAAAGAUGAAAGAAUGA